UAUGUUCACCAUUCUAUACCAGACUUGCGGAUGCAGCGACUCAACCUCGCUCGACAAUGCCGGUCGUUGACGAGGUCAACGACAACUGUGGCUGAUAGGCCCCUGUCGGGCAUCAAGGUUGUCGAUUUCACCCGUGUGUUGGCAGGGCCGGUGACCACAAUGAUGUUGGCCGACCUGGGAGCCGACGUGAUCAAGGUGGAGAACCCCUUGUCUGGUGAUGAUACUCGAUCCUGGCUCCCGCCGGCGGCCCCGCUACUUGACGAUGCACCUAGACCGGAUCUACCUCCAGAGUCAGCCUAUUUCUUGCAGGCCAAUAGGAAUAAGCGCUCCCUCACGCUCAACGUCAAGCAUGCGGAAGGCAGGCGUAUAGCUCACAAGCUUGUCAAAGAGGCAGAUGUCUUCGUGGAGAAUUACGUUCCCGGCAAGCUUGAUAGCCUUGGAUUAGGAUACGGGACCCUGUCCGGCCUCAAUCCAAAGCUCAUCUACUGUUCAAUCACAGGAUAUGGAUCGACAGGCCCGUAUGCUCAGUCCCCAGGCUACGAUGUCGUCAUAGAGGCAGAGGCUGGACUGAUGCAUAUCACCGGCGAGCAAGGGGGAUCUCCAGUCAAGGUCGGAGUGGCAGUGACCGACUUGUUGACUGGGCACUUCGCUCAAUCCGGGAUACUCGCUGCUCUCCUACGUCGAGCCAGGACUGGCAGGGGCUCGUUGGUCGAGUGCAGUCUGUUCGAGUCCCAAAUUGCGUCUCUCGCCAAUAUUGCCUCAAAUUACUUGAUUGAUGGUAGGGAGGCUACCAGAUGGGGGACUUCGCACCCAUCCAUCGUGCCUUAUCAAGUCUUCCCUACAAAGGAUACCUACAUCAUGCUGGCGGGCGGUAACGACAAGCAAUUCUCCACGCUAUGCGCCGUGCUGGAUCGCAAGAUAUGGGUUGAGGAUCCGAUGUUCAAGACAAAUGCGAACAGAGUCAAGAAUCGAGAUGACAUGGUUCGCCUCAUUACAGAUGCAUUGAGCUCAAAAACCACGCAGGAGUGGUGCGAUGAUCUCACCGGGAAAGGCAUCCCGUUUGCGCCAAUCAACAACAUCGCCCAGACGUUCGCGCAUCCUCAAGCGAUAGCACGCAAAAUAGUCGAAGAGAUCAAUCAUCCUCGCGCUGGACCCAUCAAGCUCUGCUCAGCUCCGACCUCGUUCGACGGGGGAAAGCUAGAGGCCUAUCGGCCGCCACCCUGGCUCGGUCAGCACACCGACGAUAUACUUGGAGAGCUGGGAUACAGUUCAUCAAAUAUAACGGAGUUGCGGAUGGAGGGAGUUAUCUGACUCAGUACCUUCUCUGACGAUCACACGAUCGACUGAAUGCAUAUGAAUUACAGGCGGA